UGCGGACACCGGACUCACGUCCUUUGUGUGUCUGUGUGUCCGUCUCUCCUCCAGGUGCUGGUGGAGGAGCUGGAGGAGCACCAGCUGAUCCCCCGCCGCCUGGACUGGCAGGGCAAGGAGCACCGCCGGAGCUUCGAGGACCUGGUGGCUGUCAAUGCACACAUCCCUCCGGAUUAUCUUCUUAGGAUCUGUGAGAGACUUGGACCCCUUUUAGACAAGGAAAUCCCACAGAGUGUCCUAGGUGUGCAGACUUUGCUAGGUGUCGGGCGCCAGUCUCUAUUAAGGGCCGCAAAAGACUUCAGACAUACGCUAUGGAAAGGAUCUGCAUUUGCAGCUCUUCACAGGGGCCGGCCUCCCGAACUACCUGUAAAUUAUGGGAAACCACCGAACGUGGUAAAUAUAAUUUCUGCCAGGCAAUUAACUGGAUAUGGACGUUUCAGCCACUUGUUCCCAACGUCCACCUACCAACACAUGAAAAUGCAUAAGAGGAUUUUGGGACAUCUAUCAUCUGUUUAUUGUAUAGCCUUUGAUCGCAGUGGGAGAAGAAUUUUUACAGGGUCAGAUGAUUGUUUGGUCAAAAUCUGGGCUACAGAUGAUGGGCGCCUGCUCUCAACGUUGCGAGGACACUCAGCUGAAAUUUCUGACAUGGCUGUUAACUACGAGAACACACUGCUUGCUGCAGGCAGUUGUGAUAAAGUAGUCCGAGUAUGGUGUCUUCGAACCUGUGCCCCAGUUGCAGUGCUGCAGGGCCAUUCAGCUUCCAUUACUUCCAUACAGUUCUCUCCCGCAAGGAAAGGAACAACACGAUACCUCACUUCUACUGGUGCUGACGGAACAAUCUGUUUCUGGCAGUGGCACGCUAACACCAUGAAAUUUAAGGAUCGCCCUGUAAAAUUUGCAGAGAGGUCCAGGCCUGGUGUUCAGAUAUCUUGUUCAUCUUUCAGUUCCGGUGGCAUGUUCAUUGCAACAGGUAGUACUGACCACGUGAUAAGAAUUUAUUAUUUGGGCUCAGAAUCUCCGGAGAAAAUGGCUGAGUUAGAAUCUCAUACGGACAAAGUGGUUGCAGUCCAGUUCUGUAACAAUGGUGACAGCUUAAGAUUUGUCAGUGGAAGCAGAGAUGGAACAGCAAGAAUAUGGCACUAUCAGCAGCAAGAUUGGAAGAGUGUGGUCCUGGAUAUGGCUACUAAAAUGACAGGGAACAAUGUAGCAUCUGGGGAGGACAAGGUAACUAAACUGAAGGUUACUAUGGUGGCUUGGGAUAGAUAUGAUACCACUGUCAUCACUGCAGUCAACAAUUUCCUUCUCAAAGUGUGGAACUCGUCCACAGGGCAGCUUCUUCACAGCUUAUCUGGUCACGAUGAUGAAGUUUUUGUUCUGGAAGCCCAUCCGUUUGACCAAAGGAUUGUACUUUCGGCGGGUCACGAUGGAAAUAUUUUUGUUUGGGAUAUAGACAAAGGAACAAAAAUUCGCAAUUACUUUAACAUGAUUGAGGGCCAAGGCCAUGGAGCUGUUUUUGAUUGCAAGUUCUCACCAGAUGGACAGCAUUUUGCGUGCACAGACUCUCAUGGACAUCUGCUACUAUUUGGGUUUGGAUGCAAUAAAUAUUAUGAAAAGAUUCCAGAUCAGAUGUUCUUCCAUACGGAUUACCGACCACUGAUCCGUGAUGCAAAUAACUAUGUGUUGGAUGAACAGACUCAACAGGCUCCACAUCUUAUGCCUCCUCCAUUCUUGGUGGAUGUUGAUGGAAAUCCUCAUCCCACGAGAUUCCAGCGGCUGGUACCAGGGAGGGAAAAUUGCAAGGAUGAACAACUUAUUCCUCAGCUGGGAUACGUAGCUAAUGGUGAUGGCGAAGUAGUUGAACAAGUCAUCGGGCAGCAAACUAAUGACCAGGAUGAGAGUAUCCUUGAUGGAAUGAUCAGAGAGCUACAGAGGGAGCAAGAUCUGAGACUAAUUAAUGAAGGAGAAACUCUUCCAAACCCUCCACUCAAUAGAUCCCACUCUGUUAAUGGAGCUCUUCGAAGUCCGGGUUUGGAUGUUACAUCUCCACCAAACGUUGGUCUCCGGAGAAGUGGUCAGAUUGAAGGGGUCCGGCAGAUGCAUCACAAUGCUCCCCGAAGUCAAAUGGCAACGGAGAGAGAUCUCAUGGCAUGGAGCAGGAGAGUUGUGGUGAAUGAGCUUCCUCCAGGCAUCAGCAAGGUCCAGGAAGAAUGUCGAGCUGCCAAAGGUGAAAUUGAAAUUAAUUUAUACACUGUUGAAAAGAAGAGAAAGCCAUCCCACACCUUACAACGGAAUGAUUACCAACCAGGAAGUGGAAGGUCUUUGAGAAGAAACCAACGCAAACGCCAGCAUGCCUACCAAACACGCUCCACCAUAGAACACAAUCAGCAAGGAGCAAGUCGAAGUGCACGUGCACGGGAAGAAUCAGACAGCUCCUCAGAGGAAGAUGAGACUGUUGGCACAAGUGAUGCAUCUAUGGAUGAUCCUGUGGCAGCAUGGCAAAGUGAAAGCAGUUCCAGUGAUUCAUCAAGUGAAUAUUCUGACUGGACAGCAGAUGCUGGAAUUAAUCUCCAGCCGCCAAAGAGACAAACCAGGCAGGCAGCUCGGAAAAUCUGUAGUAGUUCUGAAGAUGAAAAUAUGAAGGGAACAAAAGGACUGGAGCCCAAACGAAGGAAACUUAAACAGCCUAGAAAAAAGAAACCAAGUGGACUGCUUUCGAUGGAAGGUGAACCCAGUGAAGAAUGGCUUGCCCCACAGUGGAUCUUGGAUACUAUACCCCGCCGCUCACCUUUUGUCCCACAAAUGGGCGAUGAGAUCAUAUACUUUAGGCAAGGCCAUGAAGCUUAUGUGCGGGCAGUAAGGAAAGCAAAAAUUUACAGUAUUAACAUGCAAAAACAACCAUGGAACAAAAUGGAACUCAGGGAACAAGAAUUUGUGAAGACUGUAGGAAUUAAAUAUGAAGUUGGGCCUCCUACACUCUGCUGCUUGAAGCUUGCAUUCCUAGAUCCAAUCACAGGCAAAAUGACAGGAGAAUCAUUUUCCAUAAAGUACCAUGAUAUGCCAGAUGUUAUUGACUUCCUUGUGCUGCAUCAGUUUUAUAAUGAAGCCAAAGAAAGGAACUGGCAAAUAGGGGAUAGAUUUCGCAGUAUAAUAGAUGACGCUUGGUGGUUUGGAACUGUGGAGAGUCAGCAGCCUUUCCAGGCAGAAUAUCCUGAUAGUUCCUUCCAGUGCUACUGUGUUCACUGGGACAACAAUGAAAGAGAGAGGAUGAGUCCAUGGGACAUGGAACCAAUUCCAGAAGGAACUGCUUAUCCGGAGGAGGUUGGUGCUGGAGUUCCUGUGACUCCAGAUGAGCUGACAGCUCUUCUCUACAAACCCCAGGAAGGAGAAUGGGGUGCCCAUUCCAGAGAUGAAGAAUGUGAACGAGUAAUCCGGGGGAUUGAGCAACUUCUUUCCCUUGACAUUUCUAAUCCCUUUGCUGUUCCGGUGGACCUUAGUGCCUAUCCCAUGUAUUGCACUGUUGUUGCUUAUCCAACUGACCUCACCACAAUCAGGAGGAGACUUGAAAACAGGUUUUAUAGAAGAAUCUCUGCACUGAUGUGGGAGGUACGAUACAUUGAACAUAAUGCCAGGACUUUCAACGAGCCAGACAGUCCUAUAGUCAAAGCAGCCAAAAUUGUAACAGAUGUCUUACUUCGCUUCAUUGGGGAUCAGAGUUGUACUGAUAUAUUAGAAAUAUAUAACAAGGUGAAAGCAGAAGACCUAAGCAGUACUGAUGAAGAGGAGGUGGCAGAAGUAGAUGUAGAUUCAGACGCUCCGGGAACUUCCUCUGGAAAAAGACGAGUAAGACGACGAAUAAAAAGACAGCCCAUGAAAGCAAGUCCUGAUGCUUGGAAAGAGCAAUGCAAGCAGUUGUUAAACCUGAUUUAUGAAAGAGAGGACUCUGAGCCCUUUAGACAGCCAGUUGAUCUUUUCUCCUAUCCUGAUUAUAGAGAUAUUGUAGACACUCCUAUGGACUUCAGCACUGUGAAAGAAACCUUGGAAGCAGGAAACUACACUAGUCCCCUGGAAUUCUACAAAGACAUUCGUUUAAUAUUCUGCAACUCUAAAGCUUACACUCCUAAUAAAAAGUCUCGAAUUUACAGCAUGACACUUCGACUAUCUGCCUUAUUUGAAAAUCACAUGAAAAAUAUCAUCUCUGAGUACAAGUCAGCAAUGCAAUGUCAGAAGAGGAAAAGGCCACGGUACCGAAAACGGCUAAGAAGCAGUAGCAGUUCACCCUCAACUAGUAGAGCAUCUAGCCCAAAAGGGAAACAGAAACAAAUGAAGAUUCAACCUAAACCCAACCAGAAUACCUCACUGCCUUUGACUAGGACUAGUUCUUCAGUUUCAUCUCAUGUUUCAGAUACAGCAGAAGAACCCCUGGGUUCAGCCACUGGUGAAGAGAUGGAAGGUCAGCCAUCUUCCUCAGGCUCAAAUGCACAGAACCGAAGUGGAAAUAUCAUUGAUCCAGGGAAAAGUAGGCCAGUCAGGAGUAAAUCUACACCAGUGAAACAAGAUCACUCUCCUGAUGGACCACUUACAAAUGGUGAUGGCAGAGAACCUCGGACAGGAGUCAAGAGGAAGUUACUAAGUGCAUCAGAAGAAGAUGAGCAUCUGGAGGAGGCAGAGGAAGAGGAAAAGAAGAAGAGAGAAUUAAAGGAAAAGUCUGGUUUGUCUUCAUCAGAAAGUGGGGAAUCGGGAUCCAGUUCAAGUUCUGAAAGCAGAAGUGGCUCUGAUUCAGACUCUGAAUCAACAUCUAGAACAGAUCAGGAUUACAUUGAUGGAGACCAUGACUACAGCAAAGUUGUGCAAUCCAAAAAACCCAAAAGAAAAAUCAAAAGAAAAAUCACCGGUGGGAAACGGAAUUGGCAGGGCAGAGGGACAGGGAGGAGGGGUAGAUGGGGGAGGUGGGGGAGAUGGAGUAGAGGGGGAAGAGGUGGUAGAGGUGGAAGAGGCUGUGGCAGAGGAAGAGGUGGCGGCAGGGGAGGAAGAAGAGGCCGAGGAGGCAGAGGAGCCUCGCGAGGAGCCACCAGAGCGAAACGUGCCCGAAUUACAGAUGAUGAAUUUGAAAAUUUGUUUGGAGGACAAUUUGGUGAAAACGUGUUUGGAGGGCGAUUCAGUAGACCGCCUCGAAUCAAAACAAGGAACGAGGGCAGGAGAACUGUCUUGUACAAUGACGAUUCUGAUAAUGACAAUUUUGUGCACACCGAGGAUCCUUUGAACCUUGGUACUUCCAGGUCAGGCAGGGUGCGGAAAAUGACAGAAAAAGCCAGGGUCAGCCAUCUCAUGGGAUGGAAUUAUUGACAGAUGAAAAACUUUGGAACAAUUUUAAAAGAACUUCAAUGGCCUUCUACUGCAGGGAUUUUACCAGAAAAUCUACCAAGCAAGUUGUGCGGGGACUCCACUCACGUUUCACAGUGGUGCUUUUCCAUUAUGUCAGUUUGCGUUUGUUUUAAAACUUCAGAUCGCCACACUUCAUUGGUCAAAACAAGCCUUAUUCAUUAGGCCUUAAAUUACAGAAAUUCUUCCCCACACACUACAAGUUCAUCACAUUAAAGAGGCUUCCAGCUUCUCAAUAAGAACAUGACAUUUUGAGUCACGAUUAUGACUUCUCUCCCUUGUUUUGUUUUUGUAUUAUAGAAAUAGCACCUUCUUACAGAGUUUUUAUGUGGUUUCUGCCAUAAAUCCUUAUACACAGUAAUAAUUAUAACUUUUGCACAAUACACCAAUCCUAAAGGCAGCUAUAAAAUGUUUACAGUUUCUAUAUUGUAAGAAGGAUCUGGAUUAUUUUAAUCUUCCCAGGCCAAACGUUCAUGAAUUGUGCUGAACUGAAGUAUGUCUAUACUACAGUUAUGGGGGUCCUGAUGUGCUUUCUAUCGGUUCUUUAUUCAUGUAAAAAGUGACAAAGGGUUGGUGCCUUGUAAAUAUGUAGCAAACCUUUGAUGUGGUGUGUCCUAUGUGUGCAUUAACUUUAUUAAAAAGAGAAUACUUGAGAAGUAUGAAUAUCUAGACAAAAGGUGCCAAAUGCAAAAGUUACUUGCAUCUAUUUUCUUUUUGUCCUCUCAUAUUUUUAUAGUAUUAAUAGAGAUUGUGCAGCUAAGGGGUAACUUCAACAUUUGAAAGGUUCCUCCUCUUCAAAGCAUAACGUGAUUUUUAAUAGUAGCUCAGCUACCUCUAUUUACAACUACUGGAAACUGAAAAGAAAAUAGAUGCUAUUAUUCAGUAAGUGUUGAAGAAGAGGCAAGAGGGAGCAUAGAGGGAUGGAAUUGCUCACGAAGUUGUAGAGUAACUAUAUCUCCAUUAUAUUGACACAAUGAGAAGAAAUCUAAGUAAUUAUCAGAGGUUUCAGAAGCAUAAUGUUUUCGGCAGAGGGUGAUUCGUUUGUGCAGACAGGCCGAGUGUCUCCCACACGUUUCUGCUGCCACUUGCUCGGUGCAAAUCUGUGUUUGGUUUAAUUUGCCCCUCGAAGGUGAUGAGGGAGCUGAACGGAGCUCCGGUACCUCUGGUGGCUGGCAGUACAGAUAAGCUCCCAUUCACAUCCUCCAGGCGGACUCUUGUAUCUCAAGCUUCCAGAAGAGAAUUCGUGUUGCACUGUACUCUUGUUAUCCUGAAAAAUGCUAACUUGAAAACAGAAAUCAUUUUGGUAGUAGUAGUACAGUAUGUGACGACAUUUGUAGUCUUGCUCCUCGGUGAACAGAAACAGGUGUUUGGCGUGGGCUGAGCUGGAGAUGAGCAGCCUCUUACUUCGUAGGGUCUGGCUGGAAUAUAUAUGGGACUUCAACUUCCUCCCGUUGUCUGAACGAACCUGACAGUUCUAGCUUGGUUAAGAGAGUGAGUUCAAUUACACAGAGAGAACAAACGAAAAAAGAGACCAGAAAGUUUUGGUGGAGUUUUUCAGAUUUUUUUUUUUAAUUAAUUUUUUUUUUUUAAACUUUCAUUCAAUAUCCUUAAGUUCUUCUGUGCACAGCUUGGUCAAUAAUUCUGGAAAACCUCAGGCAGCAAAGAGUGACCCAUGUAUAUUCUCAGAUGCAGAAGGAAUUUAAUUUUUGACUUUCUAUAUUAAGCACUAGCUAUUUUAUCUCGCUUUCCAAAAAUUCUAGUUAGAUGCAAAAUGACUUGAAAAAAUGCAGAGGUUUAGUUUUGUGAUGGAGGAGAGUAUAUCCUAAAUUGCUCAGAGCGUUAACAUGAGUUUAUGGUACAGUACAAAAAUCACACUAUUAAUUUUUUAAGGAAUGUUUUGAAUCGGCUGUAAUCCAUUUCUGGACUUGAUUCAGUUGUGUUUUGAUGGGGGAAAAAAAAGUGCAGAGGCUCUCCUAGUUCUCUAUUGGGCUUUAAAAUAUAAACACCUGUCCUAUCAUCUCUCUCAUAAAUAUGUAUAUAUAUAUACACACAUAUAUAUUUAUAAGAAAUGUAUUAUUUCUUUGACUGAUUGGUCCUUCUACAUAUGGUAACCAGGUAUAGCAUGUGUGCAUCAGUUCAUAGUCAGAAUCAUACCCCUUUUAGAUCAGUCCUGUUGAGCUAAUGUAAACACUAUGGUUUCUGUUCUAAAGCCUGAAAAUCUUGAAAUGCAAAAGAAAUGCUUUUCAUAUAUUUCUGACUGGCCGAAGAUCCACUUACUUAUUUAUUUUGUGUAGGGGUUGGGGAGAGAUAAAACACGUGGAUUCCAGAGAAAUCAUUUUAUAAGUUUGUGUAUUUUAGCAGCAAUUAGAAUAAUAUUAAAUAUGUUCUUAAAUGUAUCUUUUCUAUGUAAUGAAGUACUGUGAAGAUAACAGUGAAGCAUCACUUUGCUGUGGCGUAAGUAUUAAUCACAUGUGUUACAUGAUUAAGAGCUAGACAGCAGGGUGUGCUAGAACAACAGAACUAUUGCUUAUUGUAAAAAAAAAAAAAGCAGCUUUUUUUGUGCAUGAGAACCUUUUAUAAGCAUGAACGAAAUAACUUGGUUUUAGAGAUGUUAUUUUUACUUGGUUUCGUAUCUGGAUUCUUUCUCUGAGUUAGGCAAUUGAUUUCUCAUGGCCUCAUUCUGUGGAAUAAUCAUGAUUUUGUAGUAACUUUGACACUUUCUCUCAAAACCCAGAUCCUAUCAGGAGCCACUUACGGUUGCAGAAAACUUAGUAUUAACCCAACAGGUGCAGCGGAAGCAGUAAAAUGAUUUAAACCUUGUAUUGUCUCGCUCCCUGAUCCAAAGCCUGGGUGCUCAGCCAGCAUCUCCUGGGGUUGCUGAGCUCCUAGCAGGUUGCCCUGCCCGGCGGGUUGCAGGGUCAGGACCGUAGUCUCUCUCCUUGCACUUUUAACAAAAACCUCCAAAACUCUGCCUAAGAAAAGGGUUUGAAGGCCAGAUUACGUAUCAGAUUCCUGAAGGCUAACGAGGCGCGCAGGCAGGCCAGGGGUUCCUCUGCUGCUGUCGGAUUAAUUCUCGGGUAUGGGUGCUUCGAAGUUUUCUCUAGAUGUGCAAUCUUGCGUGCUCCCUCUCCCGAGUUGCCGGGGCGCUUGAGAGCAUUUGGAGACACCUUGGAAAACAGGGCUUGCGUCCCGAGGGGCUUCCCUCGCCCGCAGAGCGUUAGCCCCGAGUGCUCCAUCCUCCGUGGAGACGGGGCUGAAAGUUGUCUACAUCUUUGUUCUCAGAUUUCUCCUGGCUACAAAUCUGCCGUCCCUGUAGCGCUCCCAUUUCUUCCCUGACCAGGGCGUGAAUGAUGAAGCUUAUUUUGCAGUAGUGAUGUGCUGUUGUCUCAGUUCAGCCCAAACUUCGCCGGUGUUUUCUUUUCUCUGUCACCUUUUGUUUUUCUUUGCCCUGCUCCACCUUUCUUCUUUAGCUUCCCUUGGUUGCCCCUGUAGGCUAUUUAUGAUGCUCUUUUGGAAACUUGUGAUGUCUUGAUGAAUUUUAUUUCGGCUAGACUGUAAGAUUCAAUUCUUUCUAUGCCUCUCUUUUCCUACGACUUUCCAUAUUUUUUAUAUCUGCCUUACUUGGUUUACUAGCAACAUUCCCAAAUUGCCGGAGGUGGAUUUAACGAAGAUGGAAAGUUUGAGGGCUGGCUUCUUGCCUGCUCUGCGCCUCAGUGGCCAUCCGUACCCCGAGUGGAAACGCUGCCCGAUCGGACGGGGCAGCACGUGCCUUCCCUUGCUCCGAUGUCGGCGGUUGCAGGGAGGCACGGCAGCGGGACUGCUCCCUUUGUGCUGCCUUACACACGGCUGCGUAAAACAACGCUUAGUUCCACCUGGUAUCCCUUAACACGUGUGCUCCGUGUCUACUGAAUUACUCCUUUUUUUUUUUUUUUUUUUUUCCCCCUUGCUACGUGAAUUGCAGUUAAUGGAACCCUUGUAGAAGUUGCGUGCUUCCAGCAUCACGAGAUAUUUCUGUUUUAAAUAACCCAUGAAACUUCUAUGUUGGUGCUUGAACUUAGAUGGGUCUGGGUAGUUUUAUCACUCCUCUCUAGCUUUCUAUCACUCCUUUCUCCAUAAACUAAGCAGAGGCCACCCCACUUAACCCAGUCAGCCCCACCCUGCAGAUAAGCAAGCUAAAUAUAAUGAUGGAGAAAUAAUUUGUGGAGGAUUUUUGGCUGCUUAAAAUUUUGCGUCCCGUCGCGUUAUUUCAAUUUUCCCUGAAUGUUUUCCUAAAUGUACACCUCGGCUGCUUCUUCCGCACAAAAGCGGAAAGACUGUGUAGUACAUAGAGCACUGAAAAGAACUGACACCAGGUGCAUAGUAAAGAGAGUUUUCAAGUAAUUUAAAAAAUGUGGAGGGACCCAACUACAAUGUAUUGCUUUUGACAAUGUUUGGAGGCUCUCUUGACUGCAAAAAGCAAGACGAACCUUGUCAAGCAUUUGAAAAGGCUGCUCCUGGGUGUCUCUGGAAUGUUUCUGACAACCGGUCAAAAUCACACAGUAUUAACCUGAGAAAACAAGUUUAAAUUACUGAAUUUGGGUAAGAACUUGGUUAAUAUUUCAUCUUUAAUCUGAGCAGUGAAUGACAGGGAAAACUGAAUAGCUGUAGGUUUAAGGAUGUCUUGUCAGCCCUGACUUGGAGUGUCCUGCUAUCAUUGGUCUGUGUCAUGAAUUCAAUGUUUUAAAAAAUGUAUUUGUGUGUUUACAUUUCUUGAUUUUAUUUUUUUUAAAACCAUCAUGCAAAGUUUUAUAAAAUGCUAAUUAUUUACAUGAUAGACUGAAGGAGCAGUUAACAAUCCAAGGAUAAAUCUAUAUUUAGUAUUGUAGGGAGCUGUCAUUGUGUUCUUACAAGUAUGUAUUAUAGAAAAUUACUGCGCAUGUGCGAUAGAUAAUUUUCAAAUAUUAGUAUAUCAGAGGUUUACACAUUGAAGAAAAAAAACUCCUUUAUGUACAGUAAGUAACAGCCUGCAAAAUUUAGUCUAAAAGUUGUCUUUUUUAGUAUUAGAGAUGCAAAGACCUGUUGGAAGCUUGUACAUUUUUAAUAUGUCAUGUUCAGCCCACAGCAAACUUACACAACUGUGCUAUGAAUCCCUGAAAAAUUAGAUUUCCAGUGGAAUUGCUGUCACAGCCUUAACUCUAGUAUUAUAAAAAUGGUGCUUAAAUACAUUUAUGUGCAUGGAUGUGGGUACCUGAUAAGAGUUUGUGAGAAUUUAAAGUGAAACCGAGCGGCUUAGUGCUGCACUUGUGAGUUAGUACUCCCGGUAGAUAACCGCAGCCAGAUCUGGGAAUUGACAAACAUGUAAAUAUUUGGAAAAUAUUUAAACCGGUGAACAAUUAAGAGCAGUUUCUCAGUUUGGGGUUUUUUUUAAUUGGCAAGCACUGCAUAUCUUCCCGAUCUCUGGGUCUGUGAGAAGCAGACAGGGUGGCGAGAGGAGCUGCUCCGGGGGCCGGGGGAGCCGAGGUCCUGCCUGAAUAUUCGCAGGAGGGGUUGGUGUUCCCGCCUGCCUCGCGGCUGCACCGCUCUUUGGCAGAUAAAAUCAAAAGCCUCCGUUUCUCUUCCUAAAAAGGCCUCGUCAGACAGUGGUGGCUGCUUGGAUAUAUUCAGAAAUCAAAGUCUGAUGAUUAUUUUUCUGUAGAAAUACUAAUACAGGCUAUUCAUUCCUCCAUGAGUCAUUAUAGCAGACUUCAUUUAGAAACACCAGUUGAUGUCAGAGCGAUGAAAUUCACGUGAUUUAGGCUCUACAGUUCGUGUUCUGGAUGAUUUAAAAAUACUCCAAAAAUGCACAAAACUAUUAGAAUUAUGUCUACUUUAUAUAUUGAUUUUUUUUUUUCAGGUGAUAUUUAUGCCCAUAUCUUCACAUCCGCUAUCUCAGGUCCCUUUAAAUGAAUACUUCAGGGAUUUUGAUGCCACUUGUUGGCAGACCAAAUGUAAUAUUUAUAUGCA